ACAGUCACGAUAGGUAAGGCAUGUCUAUAUAAACUCUAAGAGUCGCCGUUACGUAACGACCAUCAUCUCCUAUUACUAACUCUCUCUCACCUCACCAAGCACACAAAAACUCAGUUCCAAAAUUCUUUCCUCAAGAGAUGAAGCUAGUGGAGAAUACGACGGCGGCGACUGACAAAUUCACCACCACGGAGGAGAAGGACGGAGAAGACGCCUGCCGCACGAGAAACGUGUUUCAGGCUCAGUUCGAUGAAGCUGCUGAUGCGGUCGAGGAGCUUAACCUGAUACCGCCGCUCAACUUCUCUAUGGUGGAUAACGGAAUAUUCCGUUCUGGAUUCCCUGAUCCGGCUAACUUCUCCUUCCUCCAGACUCUCGGACUCCGCUCAAUUAUUUAUCUGUGUCCGGAGCCUUACCCGGAGAGUAACGUCCAGUUCCUCAAAUCCAAUGGAAUUACUCUUUUCCAGUUUGGCAUUGAAGGCAAUAAGGAACCAUUUGUGAUUAUUCCAGACCAGAAAAUCCGCAAGGCACUCAAUGUCCUUCUAGAUGAGAAAAACCACCCGGUUCUGAUUCAUUGUAAGCGAGGCAAGCAUCGGACUGGUUGUCUUGUCGGGUGCUUGAGGAAACUUCAGAAAUGGUGUUUGACAUCGAUAUUUGAUGAGUACCAGCGAUUUGCAGCAGCCAAAGCUAGAGUUUCAGAUCAAAGGUUCAUGGAGAUAUUCGACGUCUCCAGCUUCAGUCAUGUUCCUAUGUCUUUCUCUUGUUCCAGCAGGUAAACAGAGAAACCUAAGAUCGUCACCUCAACUCAAAGAAGAAGAAAAGCCAACAAAAAAAAAAUAUGAAGAGAUUAUUCUAAUCACAUAAGUGUUCCAGAGGAAUCAUUCUUCUGUUUCUUUCCCUUUCUCUGGAAUCAAUAAUUAUAUUUCAAGAAGAAAUAUUUCUGAUUAUGAUUUUACCAUUUUUCCUGCUCAUUGUAUCCCCAUUUAGGUAGAUAAAUACGUAUACUAAUACGUAUAUAUGUAUACGGAUAAAAUUAUAUAGGAGGCUUUUUUUUUUUGAA